AUGGUUGUGGAGGAAUCGAUAGUGAUUUUGGACAAUGGCGGAUAUCACUUGAAGUUGGGCACCUCGCUUCAGGAAGAGCCGAGAUUGAUUCCAAACAGUAUCGUCAAGGCGAAAUAUGAAAGGAAGCGGGUGUUCAUUGCUCAUGAGCAAGAUGAAUGCCUAGAUAAAUGCUCGCUAUUCUACGUGAGACCCAUCGAGAGGGGUUACGUCACCAAUUGGGAAACUCAACAGCAAAUUUGGGAGAAGGCGUUCCAAACGCUGGAAAUUGAGGAGCCGAACGAAUCGCGCAUAAUGCUCACCGACAAUAAUUAUUUGGUGCCGGCGCUUCCCGACGUCUCGAGCGAAAUUCUGUUCGAGACGUUUGGAUUCCAUUCGGUGUUCAAAGGCGCAGCCGCUAGUUUUGUCGGCGAGCAUUCGAGCAAAGUGAACUUUGAGAAAUGUGCACUAAUUGUUGAUUGCGGAUUUUCGUCGACCCACGUGGCGCCCUAUGUCGACGGCAUUUUGAUUCAGGAGGGUGUCAUUCGAAUUGACAUCAGCGGAAAAGCGUUGACAAACAAAUUGAAGGAUUGGAUCUCGUAUCGCCAGUUGAAUGUGAUCGAAGAAACCCAUAUCAUUAAUGAAUGUAAAGAAGAUGUCUGCUAUGUUUCUUUGGAUUUCAAUGGGGAUUUGAAGCGAAAAUCGAACGCAAAACGAUAUGUCAUGCCGGAUUUUCAUACGACAUUUCGGGGAAUUGUCAAGGAUAUGAAUGAACCUUUUGACGCCAAUAUUCCUUCUAUAAGCUUAGGUGUUGAACGAUUCGCAACACCGGAACUCCUUUUUAAUCCUUCCGAUGUUGAUUUGGAUCAGAUGGGUGUUGGCGAGGCGGUUGUGGAGAGUCUGGCGCGUUGUCCGGAGAAUUUGCGAGCCGCAUUAUCGGAAAAUAUUGUGGUGAUCGGCGGAUCGGCGAAAUUCGCCGGAUUUCAGCAAAGAUUAGAAAGUGAAGUUCGAUCGCUGCUUCCGGUGGAAUUCGAUGUGAACGUGCACUCGGAUGUCGGAGAUCCGCAAAUUUACGCGUGGAAAUGCGCUCGUGAAUUGGUGGCCGCGAAAAAUUUCAAAAUUCCAUGGGUCGACCGCAAAGAAUGGAACGAAAAAGGUGAAAAUAUUGAAUUUGAACGAUUUUUCAAAACUAUCGAAACAUCUGACGACAUGAAAGCGAAAAUUGAGGCCGAGUGCGCGGCGAAACCCAGCGAAGAAAUGGAAAUUUGA